AGCGGCGCACCAUGGACGGGCUGCCCGGUCGGGCGCUGAGGGCCGCUUGCCUUUUGCUGUUGGCAGCGGGCUGGCUGGGGCCGGAGGCCUGGGGCUCGCCCACGCCCCCGCCAUCCCCUGCCGCGCCGCCGCCGCCCCCGCCGCCCGGAGCUCCGGGCGACUCGCUGGACACCUGCACGUCGUGCGGUGGCUUCCGGCGGCCAGAGGAGCUGGGCCGAGUGGACGGCGACUUCCUGGAGGCGGUGAAGCGGCACAUCUUGAGCCGCCUACAGAUGCGGGGCCGGCCCAACAUCACCCACGCUGUGCCCAAGGCCGCCAUGGUCACGGCUCUGCGAAAGCUGCACGCGGGCAAGGUGCGCGAGGACGGCCGUGUGGAGAUCCCGCACCUCGACGGCCACGCCAGCCCGGGCGCCGACGGCCAGGAGCGCAUCUCCGAGAUCAUCAGCUUCGCUGAGACAGAUGGCCUCGCCUCCUCCCGUGUCCGCCUCUACUUUUUCAUCUCCAAUGAAGGCAACCAGAACCUGUUUGUGGUACAGGCCAGCUUGUGGCUUUACCUGAAGCUGCUGCCUUAUGUCCUGGAGAAGGGCAGUCGGCGGAAGGUUCGGGUUAAGGUGUACUACCAGGAGCAGGGCCAUGGAGAUCGGUGGAAUGUAGUAGAGAAGAAGGUGGACCUCAAACGCAGUGGCUGGCACACAUUCCCACUCACAGAGGCCAUCCAGGCUUUGUUUGAGCGCGGGGAGAGGCGACUCAACCUGGAUGUGCAGUGCGACAGCUGCCAGGAGCUGGCUGUGGUGCCCGUGUUCGUGGACCCUGGCGAGGAGUCGCACCGGCCCUUUGUGGUUGUGCAGGCACGGCUGGGUGACAGCAGGCACCGCAUUCGAAAGCGGGGUCUGGAGUGCGAUGGCCGGACCAAUCUCUGUUGCAGGCAACAGUUCUUCAUUGACUUCCGCCUCAUCGGCUGGAACGACUGGAUCAUCGCACCAACCGGCUACUAUGGGAACUACUGUGAGGGCAGCUGCCCAGCUUACCUAGCUGGGGUCCCAGGCUCAGCCUCUUCCUUUCACACGGCUGUGGUGAACCAGUACCGCAUGCGGGGCCUGAAUCCUGGCACGGUGAACUCCUGCUGCAUCCCCACUAAGCUGAGCACCAUGUCCAUGCUCUACUUUGAUGAUGAGUACAACAUUGUCAAGCGGGAUGUGCCCAACAUGAUUGUGGAGGAGUGUGGCUGUGCCUGAUGCAGCAGGGUUGUGGUGGUGGGGCGUCAGGACAGUCCUGGGUGGGCUUUCUUGCAGCCCCUGCCGGAAGGGGGUAUGUGGCGGGCUGAGUGCUGUUGUUCAUUUGGGCUGCCCAGAAGGUGCCAGGGUGAAGCCUGAAAUAUUUUUCUACUACUUUAUCCAGCAAUCAGUCAAAAGCAGAGCAAGAACCCUCAACUGACAUGAAAUACUUUAAAAUGCACACGUAGACACGCACAGCCAGACGCAUCCUGCCACCCACACAGCAGCCUCCAGGAUACCAGCAAAUGGAUGCAGUGACAAAUGGCAGCUUAGCUACAAAUGCCUGUCAGUUGGAGAGAAUGGGGUGAGCAGCCACCAUUCCCACCAGCUGGCCCGGCCACUCUGAAUCACGCCUUCGGAGCACACAUAAAAGCACAAAGACAGACAGACGCACAGAGUGAACGUGCACCGGAGCCACUGAGAGGAGAGCAGAUGCAGGGGUGGGGAGUGUGUGGGUAGGCCGAGGGCUGUGUGGCAACCUUUGCUUGUGCAAGGCCCACUGUGCUUCAGCAUCUCCUGGCUCGAACCUGUCGGCAUCUUCCCCUGCCUGGAUCCUUUGUGCUGUGGGACCAGGGGAGCCUGUCCUUCCUCUCCCAGAGAGGGAAGGUAUCCAUAAAGUGCACGGCCUGCCAGAGUCUGUGGAGCAGUGGCAGUGAUCCUUUGACUGUGCUUUGGCCCCUGGUGUGACUUAUA